AUGCCUGUUGGCCUAUUAUCCCGUUUGAAGGGCCGUUCAACCGGAUAUGUGAAAUCAAGACAGGGGUGCAAGACCUGCAAAAUUAGAAAAGUCAAGUGCGGAGAAGAAAAGCCACACUGUACCCGAUGCGCUACCACAGGCCACAAGUGUGAAUAUGAGGGCACCAUCUCCAUCAUCGAUAAUCCUGUUUCAUCUGCACCAAACACAGUGUGGCAAGAACGCCGGUCUUUCGCCUACUACUUUCAGCAGGCCGCGCCCUCUGUUGGUGGUGUGCUAGAUGUCACUUUCUGGAGGACUAUCGUCCCACAAGUUUGUCGGAGUGAACCUGCCGUGUGGGAUGCUAUCAUUACCAUUGGUGCACUGUUUGAAAGCCCCGAGCCAUGUCCAAAUCUUACCUCCAUACGCCGCGGUCAUUCUCAAACUCUCAAUCAAAAUCACCAAAACGCGUUAGGUUGGUACUCGCGCUCGGUGUCUGCCAUCCGUCAACAGAUUGAGCGAGGUCGCUUAAGCAUGUUUGUCGGGCUGAUCAGUUGUCUACUGUUCAUCUGCAUUGAGUCUCUUCAGGGAGGUGUCGAGGAGGCUUCACAGCUUUAUACCCAGGGAGUGCGUCUUAUUAUAGCUUUCCGCGCCCAAAUAGCUGCCGAAAUCGUGCCACCAGCCAACACAUCUUUCUUAGAGGAUGUCAUCGUUCCGAUCUUCCUUCGUCUUGGAUCAAUCGCUCUCCCUCUUGCAGCACUUCAAGUCGACUCUUUAUUAGAAGAAAUCGAGGAUACGUCGACGCAAGGAUUUAACUCCCUCAGGUCUGCUCGAGAAGGCAUCGUCCUCAUAGCCGCAGAGACCCAAGUUUUUGAACGGGAAUGUGUGGAGUAUUUACGAGAAACUGAUAACUUCACAAAGCUCCACGACUUGACAGGACAAAAAUCAGCCCUAUCAGCCAGACUCGAGAUAUGGCACUCUGCCUUUGUCAUCCUAGUGGACUCCCUACGUAGAACAGAAGUCUCACCACAACAGAUUGGAAUGGGCGCUCUGCUAUUCGCUUCUUACGAGGCGCUGUUUAUAACACUCCGCCUCUGCCUAUCAUCAGCACAAACCGAUACAGACGCAUAUACGCAAAACUUCCAAAACAUAGUGGAACAGUCCGAAAUCGCGCUUCAUGCGACAGCACGACCGGACGGAACACAACCACCGUGCACAUUUGAACUCAGUGUCGGUCUUCCACUCUGGUUCACCUGCCUCAGAUGCCGCGAACCUAGAACCAGACGCACAGCACUCGCCCUAUUACGCCGAGCUCCACGGGUGCUGGGGAUCUACCAGACCCGUUCCGUGCUCACUUUUGGGGAGCAGAUCAUGGCGUUAGAAGAAAGAUACGGGAUGGCAAUGAAUGCAGGUCAAGCGAGAGCCAGUUCUGCAUUACUGAAAUCAACCAAUCCACCCGGUGAUCAUCUACCCGACAGUCAAUGCAAGGAUAGCGAGGAUUCGAAAAUCGACCUGAGCACUCUUGUCGCCGCUCCGGACGACGAGACUAUCGCAAGCAUAUAUUCCAUGCCUGCAGGCUUCGAAAAUUCAAUAUCGACAUCAAUUCUCAUCCCGGAAGAGGCACGCAUGGGACCCAUUAGGAUUUUUAGACCACAAGAUGGGCUUCCUCAAGGAACGACAGAGGACGAUAUUGCGAGGUGGAAGCCAAGCCGUGACCAACUCUUUUUGCGAUUUACAUGGAAUGAACGUGAUCCGACUACCGACACUUGGCGGAGAGCUCAUGAAUACAUUCCCACUACUCUUUAA